AGUCAGUCCGCUAGCGGUAGUGAGAAGUGGAACUUGUCGCUAGGGAAGCGACCAACGGAAGCUACAGCUGCUGGUGAAGGUACCAGUGGAGGCGGUGCUGAGGAGAAAUCGUUCCAUGUGCUCUCUUGAGCGUAAGUGACCGGAUCCGAAACCAUGCCGUCGUACGACCGUUUCAACAAUGAUAGUAACAAUGUCAGCAGCAACAACGACAUAAACAACAAAAGAAACAGAGCUGGUAACGAUGACAGCGAUGACCACACGGCCGGCAGCGAUGGUGGAAAGGAUAAACUCAAUAACAAUAUUUCGUCGGUCGCCGAAACUCGCCUGAGCAUGGGUGUUGGUGACUACGACAAAACCGCCGACGAUGGAGGUCAUAAACUCAACACAGACGCCCUCAACCAAACGCCGCUAGAACACCAUAUAUUGCGACGGAUAGUUCAUCACCUCGCUUUCAGACUCUUAUCAUUAAUUCUCAUACUCAUCGACAUCGCGAUCCUGAUUGCAUCCCUCAGGGAAAAUCCUGAAGGAGAUGUGCAACGGACCUACAACUACAUUGCGAUGGCGUUCUCCGUCGUUUUCAUCGCGGAGCUCUGUCUCCGGGUUUAUACGCAAGGCACAUCGGAUUUUUUCUCAAAAUGGUACAAUAAAGUGGAUUUCUGCAUCAUCGCACUCACGUUCGUGGGUUCGGUCUCGGUGCUCCUGAUUACGGACUUAAAGCCAAUCCAUCGUUUCCAAAAAGCCGUUGUUUUGGGUCGACUCGUCCGCAUUGUUGGCUUUGUUCGUUUCAUGCGGUUCUACACCGAGAAAAAAAAUCUAACCAAAGGGGCUCGACACGUUAUUUCUGAGAAUAAACGACGCUUCCAACAAGACGGCUUUGAUCUGGAUCUUGUCUACGUGACAUCACGGAUCGUCGCGAUGAGUUACCCGAGCUCCGGGAAGAUGUCGUGGUACCGCAACCCGAUUCAGGAUGUUGAGCGAUUCUUCCGGACGAAGCACCCGAAGCAUUAUAUGGUAUGCAAUAUGUGUAGCGAACGUACCUACGACGAUUCUCACUUCGAGGGAAGAAUCCUCAGGUUAUCCAUCGACGACCACAACGUCCCGCUGCUCGCGGAGGCUCUGAGCUUCAUCAACAAAGCGCAAGCCUUCCUUGACGAAGAUCCAGACAACGUUAUCGCCAUCCACUGCAAGGGAGGCAAAGGCCGUACUGGAACUCUCAUCUGUAUGCUCCUUAUAAACAACAACGUAUUCGAAUCAGCGAAAGAAUCUCUUCAGUACUUCGGCGAAGUGCGUACCGAUCUCACUGUGGGAACGAAGUUCCAGGGCGUUGAGACGCCAUCUCAGAACAGAUAUGUUGAAUACUUCGAGCAGAUCAAGAAUAACUUCUCAAUGCAAAUGCCUGCACCGGUGACAAUGAAGGUGACCCACAUAAAAAUUUGGGGAAUCGGCGGACUUGGCAAAGGCAACGGCUCCGAUCUGAGAUGCGAAGUUUUCGAAGGACGGUCACAGGUCUUCGACAUGAACUUCGGAGAGUGCAGGAACUGCCGCGUGAUCCACGAUCCGGAAGCCAACAGUUUGACGGUUUCCGCAGUCAAUUUCCCCGUAGUCAAGGGAGAUGUCAAAUUCCGUUUCUAUUCCAACAGUCUAUCUGUACCGAAGGGAUACGAGAACUGUGCUUUCUUCUUCUGGUUCCACACAUCGUUCAUCGAUGGAGACUCAUUAUCCUUGCACAGGGACGUGCUGGAUAACCCGCACAAGAAGAAGACGUGGACUUCGUUUGGCGACGAUAUGAUAAUCGAGCUCAAACUCGCCCGGCAGUGAGAACUCAAGAAGGUACAGAUAGCCUUCAAUUCAAACAUUCCGCCGCGCAGCCGCUAGAAUAGUUCCUAAGGUUUUUCGGGAGCGGAAUUUCCCGUGGAGGAAAGUUUCGCGCAGGAGCCGACAUCGGUACACUGUGAACGCCGUCAUGUGUAGCGUGAGGCGUGAGUCAGUGGUCGGGAGAGUUCGAGGAGAAUCGACCACUCUGUUUUAAACUGUUCAAAUUUCUAUGAGAACUUUAUGCUUCCACGUGACGUUAUUUCGACCUUAAGUGACGGCUAUUGUGAAAUGCAAUCGACGCUAUUUAUAUCUCAGUGUACAAUAAAUAUUACUAUGAGAGUUCGGACUUGAAUA